AUGAAGUGGCACUCGACCAGUUUCCUUUUACUGACUGUAAACGUUUACAUAUGUUCAACCAAUGCCUUUGUCCCGCUUGUGGAUGGCGGUAAGAACAUGCCGGCUUUGUACAAUGGCUGGAUGAACGAUCAGAUAGCGAAACAGGCGAGCACUGCCGUCGGUAAAGCGAUCGCAUCGGGCGUGAAGCAGAUCGAGGUCAACUUUCCUCCCGUUCCUAACGUGGAAGAAGCAAAAUUUGGUACACCACUCAACCAGCUUUUUGGGACAAAAGUCGUCGCCCGUGAAAUAGGCUUCACAGGCGGGUACAAACCUGGUUCCGACGUCAGUCGCCAGUUGAUUGCCUACAGCAACAUGUAUUGGGCAAAAAAGAUUGCGCCAGCCAUUGGUGGUGGCAUAAUGGGAGGAUCCAAAGUAACUGUAUUGACAGCGGAAGCUGUAAAUCUGAAGCUGAUUCAAAAUUCAGGAGUCGGGCGUACGGCCUCUCUUAGCCCUCGUGCAUCGCAAGAGUUCCAAAACGAAGCCGUCAUCGUUGUUAAUCCGGGAGGUGAAGAACAAUGGGAACGUAUCCGGGCAGUACAUGCGUCCGAUGAUAUUCCCUUUGUAAUACUCAACAACGCCUACUCGACCACCUAUGAUCUCGGAAACAAACGGGGUUACGAAGAAGCCUACUUUUUGAAACGAAUUUCCAAGGGGUGGGUCUUCCGCGCCUUUCCCGGUCCUUGGCAAGCGUACCUUGAAAAGCCAGACGGCAACGUGGAAUUACUAGCGAGCUACAAAAUCAAGCCUUCGUUGAAAGAAGUCGCGACAGCAGUUCGCGAAGAAUCAUUCAAACGGUACGCCAUGGGCAACGAUCGCUGGAUGUCUGGUCGUUUAUGA